AUGGCAAAAUUGGAGGUGAUAUCUUCAACUCUCGUUCCCAUGGCGUCGGCCGAUACAAUGCCUAUACCCCGUCUCGAUCUGACUCCAUGGGACCUGCAGAUGCUCCUCCUCGAACCCAUCCAAAAGGGCAUUCUUUUUCACAAACCUGAAAAACAAAUCGACGUCAUCCAUCGCCUGAAAACCUCACUCUCCCGCGCGCUUGACCACUUCCCUCCGCUUGCCGGCCGCCUCGCCACCGAAAACAGCAGCGAAAACAACAACGCUGCCGUUUAUUUCGUCGACUGCAACAAUAAAGGCGCCGGCUUUACACACGCCGUUGCCGCCGGCGUGUCGGUCGCCGACAUUUUGGAGUCCAAGUACACGCCGGAAAUCGUCUACUCCUUUUUCCCACUCAACGGGUCCCGCAACUUCCGGGGAACCUCCGACCCACUGUUCGCCGUCCAGGUCACAGAUCUCGAGGACGGCCUGUUUGUCGGGUGCACGGCUAACCACGCGGUGGUGGACGGGACCUCCUUCUGGCACCUGAUCUGCUCCUGGUCGGAGAUAUCCCGCGGUCUCAGUGAAAUCUCGAAAUUGCCCUCAUUCGACCGCGUAUUCCCCAAUGUCCCCGUGCCCAUGUUCGACGGCGGCACGGUGGCGGAAAUCGUCCGACCGCCUCUGCUUGAGCGGGUUUUCCACCUGAGCAAGGAGAAACUGGCCGGACUCAAGGCCAGGGCUAAUUCAGAAGCCGCCGUCGCCGGCGGCGGCCCAAUAUCGUCCUUUCAAGCGCUUGUGGCCCAUUUGUGGCGGUGCGUGGCCCGCUGCCGGCGAAUCCGCAGCCAGACUACGGCCGUCCAACGGUUAGCUCUGGCGAUUGGGGCCAGGGGCAGGAUUCCUCUGCCCCAGGGGUAUUUUGGGAACGCUGUCUCUGUUUGCUUUCUUGCCUUAAGCGAUGCCGAGCUUCUGGGGGACGGGCUGGGCCGGAUUGGGCUCAAGCUCAAUGCGCUUGUUGCCCAACAGGGGACAGCGGAGGCCGUGUUGGGCUUCGUGGAGGAAUGGGCUCGAGGCCCGGCGCUGAUCGUGAUGGGGAGCUCGAAUUUCCUGGUCUCGAGCUCGCCCAGGUUCGACGUGUAUGGGAAUGAUUUUGGAUGGGGGAAGCCCGUGGGAGUGAGGAGCGGGAAGGCCCAAAAGCGGGACGGGAAAGUGACGAUUUUUGGGGCGGCCGACGACGGCGGCGUAGAGGUGGAAGUCUGCCUUGCGCCGGAGACACUCAUGGCGCUGGAGAAGGACGGCGAGUUUAUGGAAACAAUCGACGAGAAGUUGGAAAUAAUGGGAGUUGAUUAA